AUGCCCACCUCUCAGCAGCAUUCAACAGCUUACAGGAAUCCACAUGUGGAUGAUGAUGACGACGAUGAUCUGGAUGGUCUUGAAGAUGUCAUAGCGUCAUUCUCAAAACCAUCCCUUCCUGAAAAACGAAAGACUCCAUCUAUAUCACCUCCUCCACUAUCUUCUUCUCGUCCUCUCGCUGCUUCUUCCUUUACGAAACCUCCAAUCAAACCUGCUGGCCCUCCACAACCGAUCGACGACGAUGACCCAGAUGACGAUUUUGAAGCCGCCUUGGUGGAAGGUAUGGAAUCUCUUUUACGUCAAUUAGCAGGUGAUCAUCCUCCUGGACCCAUGCCUGAUACUCCUAUUCAACACCCCAUAAACCAUCCAGGUCAAGUGAGCGGACCAAAAGAACCAAUGACGGAUGAAGAAGAAGAGAAUGCAUGGCAAAAAGCAGUGGCGGAUCUUCUCUCUGGUGAAGGUUUAGAUGCUUUAGGCAUGUCAGAUGCGAAUGGAGUUCUGAAGGAUAAAGGGAAUCAAUCAAAUGGAUCGAAACCGACUUUUGACGAAACGAUAAAACGGACAAUGGAAAAUCUGAAUGCUGCCAAAGGUGCGGGUGCUCAAGAGUCACAGAUGGACAUGGGAAAAUUACUCAAAGCUUUGCAAAGUGGGGAAGGGUUGGAAGGUUUGGAAGGUUUAGAAGGUUUAGGAGAGGAUGAUGAAUUAGGAGGAUUGUUAGAUGGUAUGAUGAGUCAAUUGAUGACUAAGGAAGUUUUGGAAGAACCUAUGGCUGAGCUUGCUGGCAAGUACCCAUCUUUCUUAGCUUCACCACCUUCAAACCUCUCUCCUGCCGAAGUAGAUAAAUACAAACGUCAAUCCAUCCUUGUCACUCAAAUACUUGCCGUCUUCCGAAAAACGAAUUAUUCCGAUGAAACGGAUAGUAAAGAGAUAGCAAAGUUAGUAGGAGAGAUGCAAGAUCUUGGUGGACCUCCAAGUGAGAUAAUGGGUGAUAUGCCUGAAGGAUUUGAUCUAGGUGCUUUAGGAGGAGAUGAGAACUGCGUCAUCAUGUAG